AUGCGGGGAAAAUGCCCGGUUUCUUCUGAUGAACUGGAGACUACAGUUUCAGAUGAUGACUCAUCUUCUGAUGAAUCGGGGACUAUAGUUUCAGAUGAUGACGCUUCUUUGUGGUUAAGUGAAGAUCAAGAACAUGGGAUCAAGAUUAAGGAUGAAGGUGAAUGUUCAAGUAAAGCAGGGGAGAUUGAAAAGGGUAAAGCUGAUUUCAAAAGUGAUAAACCCUUCAUGGUUUAUAUAAAUCAAUCACAUCUUACUAAUCGCGGAGUGUAUCUACCAGCGGAGUUCAGAAAGAAGUUCUCGAGGGGUCACAAGAGCGAUCACAAAUGUUCGCUUCAACCUUGGAGUUUGGUGGAUGUGGUAAUGGUCGCAAGCUCACAACUGAUGUGUAUUUAACCAUGUUCUUUGAAAUGACAGUUCUUAAUGUAUUAGUUUGAGUUGGAACUAACUUUGUGGUUUAAAUUUGUAUUUUGUUGAAGUUAUUUGUAUGUUUUAUUGUUAAAUUCUUGAGCUUGAGUUGGAUGUCUUGAAUAAUA